AAGAAAGGAGGCCGUUUUAUCAACAUAUCUUAGCGUGAUCUUACGUAAGAUUCGUAGGAUUUUGACGUACGCUUAUCGUAAGUACUGCGAACCGUUUUAUCAAAGAAAUCGCAGCUAAGAUGUCGUAAGAUUUGUGCUGAAAGCUACGACUGGGUAAGACCACUCUUAGCGUUCGUAAAUUGUACUAAACAUGGCCGCCGCACGUGCUUUAGACGAUGGUUAACCAAGAGAGAUGAGACCACUCUUAGCGUUCUUAUUAUGGCGGCCAUAGGAGCGUUAGACGUCGCACGACCGAGAGAAAGGAGGCUGUUUCGACAAAGAAAGGGGUUCAGUGAUCUUAGAGACGCUGAAAUAUUGAGUCGCUAUCGAUUAGAUCGACAAUCCAUUUAUCGGCUUGUCGAUUUGUUAAGGGACGAUCUACAAAAACCGACGAGAAGAUCGAAGUCCAUACCUGUCCUAACGCAGGUGCUUGUGAGUCUAAGGUACUUGGCGAAAGGUGAUUUUCUGUCUGAGGUUGCUGACCUUCAUGGAAUUAGCAGGUCCAGUGCAUGCAAUAUUAUUGCAGCCUUUGUUGAUGCUGUUAAUUUAAGAAUUGAUAAUGUAAAGUUUCCAACUGGAAUUGCACUUGCUUCUGUCAAACAAGGAUUUUUUCAAAAAUGUGGCAUUCCAAAUACAAUUGGUGCAAUUGAUGGAACACUCAUUCCAAUAAUUGCCCCAGCAGCAAAUGAAGCCAUUUAUGUGUGUCGUAAAGGCUUCCAUGCCAUAAAUGUCCAAGCAGUUGUGGACCACAAGGCCAGGUUCAUUGACAUUGUGUCGAAAUGGCCUGGGUCUACGCAUGAUGCCUCUGCCUUUGACAGCUGUGGGUUGAAGACCUUUCUGGAAGAACACCACCAAGGGCACUUGCUGGGCGACUCGGGCUAUCCCUUGAAAAAAUAUCUGUUGACGCCAUUACUUAGACCUACAACAGAUGCAGAGUUACGAUACAACUAUGCCCAGCAAGUGGGCGGAUGGUGGUGGAGAGGGCUUUUGGAGUUCUCAAGAGUAGAUUUAGAUGUCUACAUAAAACUGGAGGAUGCUUAUACAUGCGGCCAGACAAAUGCUGCCAAGUAGUUGCAGCAUGUAUGCGUCUUCACAACUUGUGUGUCGAUCUGCAAGUGCCACUGCCUGAAGAACCUAUUGAGGAGGCUGAUGAUGUUGAUCACGAUGCCCCACAA